GCACCCAGAGCCACAUUACUGAAAUUUUACAACAAUCAUUUCCCACAGGGACGGUCCCCACCCCCCUCCUUUCGCCGUUUAGCACGGAACCGUACGGCACGGCUCGACUCCUGCCAGCCCCGGCCCUCCUCCGGGGCUUCCUGAGCCGGUGUUUGAUUGGAUUAGAGUCGGCUAGCCUUUGCCCUCUAACCCUGCCGAUGCUGGCUCGCUGCUUCCUGCUCCCUUCGCUCCCCCUGACCGAGUGACGAAACCUGCCGAAGCCGCACGGCGAAGCGCCCUGCACGGACACAGCCGACCGGGACGAGCCGCCACAGCCUGCCGGGGGAGAGGAGAGCGGAGAGCCGCGUUAACGCACAGGCAGGCGGACUGGAAGAAAACGAGCAGCCAUGCGGAGGAAAUCAAGGAUAUUAUUGUGUUUCGCGGUGCUGUGGGUGCUGGGGAUAGCCUACUACUUCUACUCGGGGACAGCGUUGAGUCGAAAGGAUGAUUGGGGCUCCAGUGACUCGUCCGGGAGAAACAAAGCUCGCAACUCAGACGACAAGGCUCACAGCCUGGAGACUCUGCCACCAGGUAAGGUGCGCUGGCAGGACUUUGACCAGGAUCUGUAUGUCGGCGCCACAGUGGUCCGGCCGGGGCAGGAUCCUUACGCCAGGAACAAGUUCAACCAGGUGGAGAGCGACAAACUGCGUAUGGACAGAGCUGUGCCCGAUACAAGACACGACCAUUGCAGACAUAAACAAUGGAAGUCGGAUCUACCGGCCUCCAGCGUCGUCAUCACAUUCCACAAUGAAGCUCGCUCGGCUCUGCUAAGGACUGUGGUCAGUGUCUUGAAGAAAAGUCCUCCUCAUUUGGUCAAAGAGAUCAUUCUGGUCGACGACUACAGCGACAAUCCUGAGGAUGGAGCGCUGUUGGGGAAAAUUGAGAAAGUGCGCGUGUUGAGGAACGACCGCAGAGAAGGACUUAUGCGUUCAAGGGUUCGUGGCGCAGACGCUGCCACAGCACCAGUCCUCACCUUCCUGGACUCCCACUGUGAAUGUAAUGACCACUGGCUAGAGCCGCUGCUGGAGAGAGUGGCUGAGGACAAGACCAGAGUAGUUUCUCCAAUCAUAGACGUCAUCAACAUGGACAACUUUCAGUAUGUGGGAGCCUCUGCUGAUCUGAAAGGAGGCUUUGACUGGAAUUUGGUGUUUAAAUGGGACUACAUGACGCUGGAGCAGAGACGAGCCAGACAAGGCAACCCCAUUGCCCCCAUAAAGACUCCGAUGAUAGCAGGAGGUCUGUUUGUCAUGGAUAAGGAGUACUUCGAGCUGCUGGGAAAAUAUGACAUGAUGAUGGAUGUAUGGGGAGGAGAAAACUUAGAGAUCUCAUUUCGUGUGUGGCAGUGCGGCGGCAGCCUGGAGAUCAUCCCCUGCAGCAGGGUUGGCCACGUCUUCAGAAAGCAACACCCAUACACCUUCCCCGGCGGCAGUGGCACUGUGUUUGCAAGGAACACGAGGAGAGCAGCAGAGGUGUGGAUGGACGAGUAUAAAAACUUCUACUAUGCCGCCGUCCCCUCGGCGAGAAACGUGCCCUAUGGGAAUAUCCAGAGUCGUUUGGAGAUGAAGAAGAGAUUAGCUUGUAAGCCGUUCAAGUGGUACCUGGAGAACGUCUACCCUGAACUCAGGGUCCCCGAUCACCAGGACAUCGCAUUCGGAGCCUUGCAGCAGGGAGGAAACUGCCUGGACACCCUGGGUCAUUUUGCCGAUGGGGUGGUCGGCGUCUACGAAUGUCACAACGCCGGGGGAAACCAGGAAUGGGCCCUGACCAAGGACAAAUCGGUUAAACACAUGGACCUGUGUCUCACUGUGGUGGACAGAACAGCUGGUUCCCUCAUCAAACUACAAGGCUGUCGAGAGAACGACAGCAGACAGAAAUGGGAGCAGAUCGAGUCCAACUCGAAGCUCCGUCACGUGGGCAGCAACCUCUGUCUGGACAGCCGCAGUGCCAGGAUGGGCGGACUCACCGUGGAGGUCUGCAGCCCGAGCCUCAACCAACAGUGGAAGUUCACCCUCAAUCUACAAUCGUAGGGGGCGCUGUAGACCCCCCCUCUCCUCUCCCCUCUCCCCAGGAGGACAUUGGACAUUGGAUAGAGACACCAACGGACUCUGAGACUUGACAUGGAUCGAUUUGAGGAGAAAGACAAACUGGAUGAACGGAUCCUUCUUGCUCCUCCUGCUCCUCAGAGGUGCAGCCAGUCUUGUGUACACCCCUCUCCCCCAGCUCACCACCCACCCCCCUCCCCCUCCUCCUCCUCUCUAAAUGAUGAGCCACACCCACUGGGGGAGGGGCUUGUAGACCCUAAUGGUGCAAACAGGAAACUGACUGUCUGGUGGUGGAUGGAAGGUGACAGCGAUGAUCAUGUUGAGGAUAAAAGCGAUGAAGAGGCUUUUGUUUCAAACUACAUACCUCAGUGUUUCUCAUUGAUGGUCACAGAGGCAAAUGACGAGUGAAUUCUUUUUGUUCUUUCUUUAAUGCUGGUGAAACGGAACUCUUUUGGCAUAAUUAUUUUAUUUUCUUACUCAUGUUUUUUUUUUUUUUUUUUUAGCUGUUGAUUUUCUGCAGAUGCUUGCAGGAGCUUCUUUUUGUUCUUGAAGGGACCCUGUGACGGGAGACUGAGGAGGCUUCAGGUUGCGGUUCCAGGGGAGGUGUGGGUGUCGAGUGAUGUGAACUGAGGAAACCGACACGAAUCUUUGAGCUUCUCCUCCCGUUUAGUGUCAUCGCUUCACGGGAGCAACGGAGCAAAAAUGGAGGCAGUUCUUUUUCUGCAGGUCGGGUCUUGGGGAGGUGCAGGGGUCCAGGGCGGGUGCUUCUCUGCUUUGCGUUGGGUUUGUUGCCCGGGAAAGUGUGAGUGAGGUCCACCGUGAAGAUUUUACUGUUUGUCUUCAAGCUGCAGUGUCCUCACAUCUACGUCUUUCUCUCUCUGAAGAAAAUACACAAACAAAAAAAAACAAAUGUCCUCUAAAUGUUUAUUGUUUACCUUUGUCGACAAAUGGAACCAAAUUUUGAAAGGACUUAGGUUUCAGGAGAGGUUAGGUUUUCCUUUAUUUACUCCAGCUGCUCUGUCACGGCUCCCUGUGGGGCAGUUCACUUUAUCCAUCCUUGUUUUCCUUCACGGAUAAAGUCCUUUGCCUGUGUCUAAUGUUGCCACUGUAGGACCGUUACUGUCUAAUAAUAAUCAGAGUCAGACUUCAUUUGCGUUGCAGCUUCUCUAGAGCUAACGAGUGUUGCCUUCCAGUGGGUAGAAGCGACCUCCGUAAUAACACUCAGCAUUUUAAAGCUCUCAUCUCCACUUCCAGCUGCACCGUGCACGUGCCGGCAAAUUUAAAGAAGAAAUCUCAUCAGUGUCUACACAUGUGUAAACUCCUAAGAUAACUAAUAAUGCAAUUUAUCAGAGGUCCCUCUUUUUCUUUGACAAAGUAAAACCCUGCUUUUUUCAGCCAUGCCAUGAGAAAAAAAACACAAAUACUAGUAGUCAAGUGACGAAACGUGACGUGCGCUGUGAAAAGCUCCCUCUGACUGCAUGUACCACCAGCAUGUUCCACCAGUAGCAGUCGAUCAGCGGUGAAGCUGAAAUAAACAAGGUUUUACUGGUCGUCGCUCUGUCUCUGAUAAAGGUGAGCAGAGUUUCCUGGUAGCACAAGCAGAACUGCUCAGUUUUUGCUGACACAAAGCGUAAAUGAGACCUCUUGUUUGUUUCAGCAGGCGGCUUUAUUGAGCGCAACAGUGCUUUGGUGUCGCAGUCAGCACGGUGCCACUUUUUAGAUUGUUGUUUCCAGUUUGUUCCUCUUAGUGCUACUGACCCAAGUUACAGUACAUUUAUCACUUUUUCAAGUCUGAUGUCUUUUGUGUCUAUUUUGCUUUAUUUCUAGACGUUUAGGGGAUAAUAGGUUUUGAUUUGAAUUGGCAACUUCAAUGCAAUUAUGUUAACACAAAGUAUAUCUGAAUGGAUACACUGUACGACAGAAGUAUUUUAAGAUCAUGUCUCCCAUUUUUAAGUUUAAAGUGAUUAGAAACCAGCUGAAGAUAUUCUCUCUUUUUCUCAGCCGAUCUCUCGUGCAGCUUCAGGUCCUCCGUUAUGAACAUUUUUUUUUUUUUUUAAGACACAUUUUACUGAGCUGCCAACUGACAAAGACAGCCUGUUGUGUUUGCUGUGUUGUCUGAUACUUUUGCAUCUUCUCUUACGCUUUUUUUUCUAUCUCUCUUUUUUGUUUCUUUGUACCUGAUGUUUUGCCUUGUCUCAUGCGUUCAUCUGUAAGCAGAGCGAGUUGAGUUGUCCAGGUCAGCUGUAACUGCAGCUGGUUGAAAAGCCUAUCCUGUGACUUGAUAGGUUGCUGCAUUGUGCUGUGAGGCACAUGACCCACAGACGUGAGGCCGGUCGACUCUAAUAAACUCCCACUGUAGGUGUGAGGAAUGUUUGGAGGCCUGAUUUAGAAGAAAAAAAAAAAAAAAAAGUUUGCCACUCUGUUUUGAAAAAAAAAGAAAGAAAAGAAAUAUUUUCAAUGUCUUAAUUUCUUAAUAAUGUUGCGAUACUGAAGAGGAGUCGAUUGGAAUUUAAGUUUUAAGCAGUUUUUCCUCAGUUGUGAAUUUAAUCAUGAGCUUCGGUACAUGGGCGUUAACUGCGGGUUAAGAGACACAUGCAAUGAAAAAUUAAAGAUUUUAAAAUGAAAACACGAAAUUGUUUUACCUGUGUUCAUGAAAUGCUGCCAUUAUCAGUGGUUCUGGGCAUAAAUAACAAUUAUGGAAGUCUGUGAUGUCUUAUAAGAAAUUGCUUCCGAAUAAUAUCAUUUUCCCUGGUUAUUCAUUUCCAUUAAGUCUGCUAACGGGCACAAUUAAUGUAUAUGUGUUGAACCUCCUCGCUGCAGAGCUGUAUGUGUUUUGUGGUGCGUAGCGCCCUCUACUGCCACAAUUAUGUGAGAAACAGCUUUGUGAGGACAAACAAUGGGACUUGAGCUUUUAAGUUCUCACCCACACUUCACAGCCAGAGACUUCUUUUCUUAUUCCUGUUUUAUUGUCUUUUUGUUUUAUAAACUGUCCUUUUGGCACUGCUAACCCAACAGAAAACUGCUCCACGAACCAAACCACACACACCUGAGUGACCAGGUUCAUAUUGUCUGCUACGUGAGUUCACACAGCUUUCUUCUUUUACGCUAGUCUUAUUCUUGUGAAGAUUUAAUUAUUAUUUUUCAUUUUUUAUUCUUUUUAUGCUCUACACAGAGGAAACGACUGUAAUACUUAUGAAAUCCAGCGUCUGGUUUUGAUUGGAUGAUUAAAUGUUUACAUCUUUAGCACAAUGUGCCAAAGUUCCUUCCUGGUUUUUGUGUAUGAGGAAGACUAAGAAAAGGUAAAAAUCUUUGGAAAGGGUUGGGGUUUGAUGACCUGCGAGUUUUAUAAUGAGUAGUCGGUGAAAGAUUGACAGCCUCUGAUUUGAUGUCCUUAAGCUCGGAUGUCUUUGUUGAGACACAGCCCACCAUUUGGAAAUAAAAACAUCAUUCAAAGCGAGGAAGAAUAUUAAACUAAAGCGUCCUCCCCACUCGUAGCCCGUAAGGCUCUCUUAUUGGCACUCACUGUGUUCUGGAGGGAAACCAACAACUGUGUAUUCGUUCUCUCAGCUUUUCCUUUAAACGGGGACAAGACGUUAGGUCACGAUUCGCCCUAAAAUCGGGACAUAUUCUCCUCUGUGCCCACUUCAAAUCCCCUCUUAGGAUUAACAGCAGGAGAGCCCUGUCUGAUAUGUGAAAAGCUCUGCUGAGACAUCCAGCUCAGGACUGCUUAAACUCCUCCAUCUUCUGCUACGAGCGGCUGUGACAGUGACUCUGGGCACAAGAGGGGCUGAACCUGCACAUAAUAGACAGUAUACUGUAAAAGUCUCACCAACCGGUGAUAACGGAUGAAACGGUAAUCGACAGGGAGGGACAUGAACUGAUUGGUGUUUGAUUCUUUGUUUCUUUUUGUUGUUUUUUUGUUUUUUGUUUUUUUUUAAUGAGGAAUGUUGUUGAAUGAGUGGUGUUUAAAACUACGAGGUGGUGGAUACGACACGAGGGGUCACACAUGUAAAAGUGUAUAUUUUUGUAUAUACCUACGUCAGUGUGUGUACAGAAUGUACAUAUAUACACAGUGUACUCAGCCGCGGCUCCUAGUUUUGUUGUCCGACUGUACAGCGCUUCUAACUGUCCCCUGUUUUAUAGAUACUGCAGAAAUUCAACUUUGAAUGAGAGGAAAUGAUUAACUUAAAUAAAUGCAUUUAUAUAUAUAUAAAUAUAUAUAUAAGCUCAA